AUGUCUGCAACAUUGCGAUGUCUAUCCAUAUCAAUAUGGCUGAUGCAAUUGAUUUUGGCACAACCGACGACCGUCCAAGAAACAGAUCCAGUAGUAUUACAGAUAACAGACAACAACCAAGGAGGCCAGCUAUCACAAAGGGACUUUCAGAACGCACGCAAUAUAAGCAUUGUAGGUGAUGAUUUUAUGGUCGAUGGAAAACCGCUCCGUAUUGUGUCAGGAUCUUUGCACUACUUCAGGUUACCGGCAGAAUAUUGGAGAGAUAGGUUACGGAAAAUUAGAGCGGCCGGUUUAAACGCUGUUUCCACAUAUGUAGAGUGGAGCUAUCAUGAAGAAGAAGAAGGAUCCUAUUCUUUUGAAGGUGACAAGGAUAUUGCCAGCUUUCUAAAGAUUGCAGCAGAAGAGAAUUUGUAUGUGCUACUUCGACCUGGGCCGUACAUUUGUGCUGAAAGAGAUCUAGGAGGACUACCGUAUUGGCUUUUGAGCAAAUACCCUGAUAUCAAAUUGCGAACUACAGACGGAAAUUUCAUAGCAGAAACCAAAAAGUGGAUGGCUAAACUAUUUGAAGAAGUUAAACCUUUUCUAUUGGGUAACGGAGGACCUAUCAUACUGGUACAGGCAGAAAAUGAGUAUGGCAGUUACGGAGCUUCAAAGGAGUAUAUGAAGCAAAUUCGGGACAUAAUAAAAUCUCACGUAGAAGACGCAGCACUACUUUAUACGACCGAUGGUCCCUACAGAUCAUACUUCAUCGACGGAUCUAUAUCUGGAACACUUACGACCAUAGAUUUCGGCCCAACGACUAGUGUUAUUAACACUUUUAAAGAGCUGAGAGCAUAUAUGCCUGUUGGUCCUUUGAUGAAUUCUGAAUUCUAUCCCGGAUGGCUAACACAUUGGAGUGAACACAUUCAGCAGGUGUCCACUGACCGUGUCACUUUUACACUUCGAGACAUGUUGGAGAACAAGAUCAAUUUAAAUUUCUACGUUUUCUUUGGAGGAACUAACUUUGAAUUUACAUCUGGUGCUAACUAUGGAAGAUUUUAUCAACCCGAUAUAACAUCUUAUGAUUAUGAUGCUCCUUUAUCCGAGGCUGGCGAUCCUACGGAGAAGUAUUACGCUAUACGAGAUGUACUUGCCAAUUACGAUUUGGUGCCAGAUGAUAUACCACUUCCAGUACCUUCAAAAAAAGGAGCCUAUGGACAAAUUGAAAUAGCGAAGAAAAUUAAUUUGCUAUCAGCAGAAGGACGUUCUAGUUUAGGAAUUAAAUACAAAGAUGUGGAAGGUGCGAAAUUACCAACGUUUGAGGAAUUGAAACAAAGAAGCGGUCUCAUGCUUUAUGAAAUGACACUUAAUGAAACUGGUGGAGUUUUGAAUAUAAAAAAGCCACGAGAUUUCAUAUUUGUUUACGUUGAUAAGAAACUGCAAGGAGUUAUAAGCAGAAUGAUGAUGUUAUAUACACUUAGUAUAAACUCAAAACCGGGCUCCACUUUGUCGUUGCUCGUCGAGAACCAGGGUCGUAUAAAUUUUGGAAACAGAAUUCACGACUUCAAGGGCAUACUUGGUUCUGUGUUAUUAAACAAUAAAACCUUAGAAGGUCCCUGGUCUGUAACUGGUUAUCCAUUAGAUGUUAAGAAGAGUAAACUAUUGAGUGAUGAUAACAUCUCUGCCUUCAAUGAGGAUGCUGUAUCAGACGGACCCAUGAUGUAUGAAGGACAGCUCGUGAUUCCAGAAGGAGAAGAGCCAUUAGACACUUUUAUUGAUACAACCAAUUGGGGGAAGGGUUACAUAUUCGUCAACGGAUACAACUUAGGAAGAUAUUGGCCAAAGGUUGGACCCCAAGUUACUCUUUAUGUACCAGGAGUAUGGCUGAAAGCAGCACCAGCGAAAAUGGUUGAAAGCGAGGAAUUAAGUUGCACAGUCGGCAAUCCGUGCAGUCUGGUUUUGGCAGAUGGAACAGUCUUUAGUGGAAGAAGUUUUGGAGCCAAUGUACCCGUAGAGGGUGAAGUGGUAUUCCAAACUGGAAUGGUAGGAUAUCCCGAAUCAUUGACGGACCCUUCUUACCACGCACAGUUGUUGGUGCUCACGUAUCCAUUAAUUGGAAACUAUGGUGUCCCUGACGAUAAGGAUAAAGACGAGCAUGGGCUACCAAGAUGGUUCGAAUCGAGUCGUAUUUGGGCUGCUGGGUUAAUAGUUGGACAAAUAAGCACUCAAGCCUGCCACUGGCGUGCAAAACAGUCUCUUGGAAAGUGGUUGGAGGCUAAUGGUAUACCUGGCCUCUGUGAUAUUGAUACUCGAGCCCUCACAUUCCGCCUUCGGGAAGGAGUAACUCUUGGGAGGAUUGUACAAGGAGUUCCUCCUUUCGGACCUUUGCCACCCCUAAAGGAUCCAAAUUCCCGCAGUUUAGUAGCAGAAGUAUCCAUAAAGGAACCUAAGAUUUUUAAUGAAUCAGGAAAAGUAACCAUAAUGGCUAUUGACUGCGGUCUAAAAUAUAAUCAAAUAAGAUGCUUAAUAAAAAGGAACGCUAAGGUCGUAUUAGUGCCUUGGAAUUACAAAUUUGACACAAAUUCAUAUGACGGUCUGUUUAUAAGCAACGGUCCUGGUGACCCCGAGGUUUGCAAAAAGGUUGUUGAAAAUUUGAAGGAGGUCAUCAGUAACGAAACGAUAACUAAACCAAUAUUUGGUAUAUGUCUCGGUCAUCAACUGCUUGCGACUGCUGCAGGAUGUAAAACAUACAAAACAAGAUAUGGAAACCGUGGACAUAACUUACCGUGUACACAUUCAGGUACUGGCAGAUGUUUUAUGACAUCUCAAAAUCACGGAUACGCAGUUGAUGCCAAUACCCUCCCGACAAAUUGGGAAAUAUUGUUUACUAACGAAAAUGACAAAACCAAUGAAGGCAUAAUACAUGAGACACUUCCAUAUUUUAGUGUUCAAUUUCACCCAGAGCAUACAUCUGGUCCUACUGAUUUAGAAUGUCUUUUUGAUAUUUUUAUUGACACAGUCACAGCAUACAAAACCAAUAAAACAUGUAUUGUGAAAGACUUAAUUUGUGAAAAGCUUAAAUUUACUCCAACAAUUUAUGAAAGACCGAAGAAAGUAUUGAUUCUUGGUUCUGGUGGUUUAUCUAUUGGACAGGCAGGUGAAUUUGACUAUUCUGGAUCUCAAGGUGUUAAAGCUAUGCAAGAGGAAAAAAUUCAAACUGUUCUUAUUAAUCCCAAUAUCGCAACAGUACAAACAUCCAAAGGUCUCGCAGAUAAAGUAUAUUUCUUACCCAUUACACCGGAAUAUGUAGAACAAGUUAUUAAGGCCGAAAGACCAACAGGUAUUUUACUCACUUUCGGUGGACAAACAGCUUUAAAUUGUGGAGUAGAAUUACAAAAAAACAAAGUGUUUGAAAAAUACAAUGUAAGCGUUUUGGGUACACCGGUACAAUCAAUAGUCGACACGGAAGACAGAAAGAUUUUUGCUGAAAAAAUUAACGCCAUUGGAGAAAAAGUGGCACCUAGUGCCGCUGUAGCCACUAUUGAAGAAGCAUUAAUUGCAGCACGUCAAAUCGGAUAUCCUGUUAUGGCUCGAUCGGCGUUUUCGCUUGGAGGUCUUGGAUCAGGAUUUGCAAAUGACGAAGAAGAGUUAAAAAAACUCGCUCACCAUGGGUUAUCACAUUCCGACCAGUUAAUUAUUGAUAAGUCCUUAAAAGGAUGGAAAGAAGUUGAAUACGAAGUUGUAAGGGAUGCGUAUGAUAAUUGCAUAACAGUAUGUAAUAUGGAAAAUGUAGACCCUUUGGGAAUACAUACAGGAGAGUCCAUUGUCGUUGCCCCUAGUCAAACUUUAUCAAACAAAGAUUAUUAUAUGUUAAGAAAUACUGCUAUUAAAGUAAUUAGACAUUUUGGGAUUGUUGGUGAAUGCAACAUUCAAUAUGCACUGAAUCCUAAUUCUGAAGAGUUUUAUAUCAUUGAAGUAAACGCACGAUUAUCUAGAAGUUCAGCUUUAGCGAGUAAAGCUACAGGUUAUCCGUUAGCAUAUGUUGCUGCAAAGUUAGCCCUUGGAAUUCCAUUACCCGCCAUAAAAAACUCUGUAACGGGGGUAACGACAGCAUGUUUCGAACCUAGUUUGGACUACUGUGUCGUUAAAAUUCCAAGAUGGGAUUUAGCGAAAUUCAAUAGAGUUAGUACAAAGAUUGGAAGUUCUAUGAAAAGUGUAGGUGAAGUUAUGGCCAUUGGAAGGAAUUUUGAGGAAGCAUUCCAAAAAGCUUUAAGAAUGGUAGAUGAAAACGUUAAUGGUUUCGAUCCGUACCUUAAAAAAGUUAAUGAAAACGAACUGCGAGAGCCAACAGAUAAGCGAAUGUUUGUUUUAGCAGCUGCUCUUAGACAAAACUAUAGUGUUGAAAAAUUAUACGAGUUAACUAAAAUAGACCGAUGGUUCCUUGGCAAAUUUAAAAAUAUUAUAGAUUACUAUCAAACACUUGAGUCCAUAGAUUCGACAUCAAUUACUCCUGAUAUAUUAAAAACAGCAAAACAAAUGGGAUUUUCGGAUAAACAGGUUGCUGUUGCAAUUAAAAGUACAGAAUUAGCAGUUCGAAAAUUACGAGAAGAAUUCAAGAUUACUCCGUUUGUUAAACAAAUAGAUACAGUGGCAGCUGAAUGGCCCGCAUCUACCAAUUAUUUAUAUCUUACUUACAAUGGUAGUACACAUGAUUUAGAUUUUCCUAAAGAUUUGACUAUGGUACUCGGUUCCGGAGUAUAUAGGAUAGGUAGUUCUGUUGAAUUUGAUUGGUGUGCCGUUGGGUGCUUAAGAGAGUUGAAAAAACAGGGCAAGAAAACAAUUAUGGUCAAUUACAACCCUGAAACUGUCAGCACAGAUUAUGAUAUGAGUGACCGGCUAUAUUUCGAAGAAAUUUCUUUUGAAGUUGUUAUGGAUAUAUAUAACAUUGAACAACCUCAUGGUGUAAUAUUAUGUAUGGGCGGACAGUUACCUAAUAAUAUUGCUAUGGAUUUGCACAGACAGCAGGCUAUUAUAUUAGGAACCUCCCCUGAUAUGGUUGAUAAUGCUGAAAAUAGAUUUAAAUUUUCUCGUAUGCUCGACCGUAAAGGUAUUCUGCAACCGAGAUGGAAAGAAUUAACGAAUCUUGAUUCAGCAGUAAAAUUCUGUGAAGAAGUUGGAUAUCCAUGUUUAGUUCGUCCAUCAUAUGUUUUAAGUGGAGCUGCAAUGAAUGUAGCAUAUUCGAACCAAGAUUUGGAAACUUAUCUGAAAUCUGCCAGUGAAGUGAGUAAAGAACAUCCAGUAGUGAUAUCAAAAUACAUUUCAGACGCAAAAGAAAUAGAUGUUGAUGCCGUUGCCGCCGAUGGGGUAAUUCUUUGUAUGGCUGUCUCAGAACAUGUGGAAAAUGCUGGAGUACAUUCUGGAGAUGCUACUUUAGUAACUCCACCGCAAGACAUCAAUGAUGAAACAUUGGACAAAAUCAAAGAAAUAGCGAGAAUUAUUGCCGAAACACUCGAUGUCACCGGGCCAUUCAAUAUGCAACUCAUAGCAAAGGACAAUGAAUUAAAAGUUAUAGAGUGUAAUGUGAGGGUUUCAAGAUCAUUCCCAUUUGUUUCAAAGACGUUAGAUCAUGAUUUUGUUGCAAUGGCAACAAAAGUCAUUCUCGGUUUACCGGUUGAACCAGUGAAUAUAAUGGGUGGCUGUGGAAAAGUUGGCGUCAAAGUGCCACAAUUCUCGUUUUCAAGAUUAUCAGGAGCCGAUGUCACACUUGGAGUAGAAAUGGCAUCCACCGGUGAAGUUGCUUGUUUUGGUGAAAAUCGUUAUGAAGCUUAUCUAAAAUCAUUAAUGAGUACUGGCUUUAGAAUUCCCAAAAAAGCUAUUUUACUUUCUGUGGGAACAUUUAAGCAUAAAAUGGAGUUAUUGCCAAGUGUUCGAAUAUUACAAAAAUUAGGAUAUAAAUUGUAUGCCAGUAUGGGUACUGGCGAUUUCUAUAUGGAACAUGGUGUUGAGAUUGAAAGUGUGCAAUGGACUUUUGACCACAUUGGGGAUCUAGAGGAUGAUAGAUCCGAUGGAGAAUUAAUGCAUUUAGCCGAUUUUAUGGCUCGAAGAGAAUUGGAUUUAGUAAUAAACUUGCCUAUGAGAGGUGGAGCUCGGCGCGUCUCUUCAUUUACCACACAUGGCUAUCGAACCCGUCGUUUAGCCGUAGACUAUGCAGUUCCUUUAGUUACAGAUGUGAAAUGCGCUAAACUUCUAGUUCAGGCUAUGUUGCGGUGUAGUGGUGCGCCACCAAUGAAAACACAUACAGAUUGUAUGACUUCGAGAAAUAUACUUAAACUGCCAGGGUUUAUCGAUGUUCAUGUUCACGUCCGUGAACCAGGGGCGACAUACAAAGAAGAUUUUAAUUCCUGUACAGCUGCUGCACUAGCUGGAGGUAUCACUAUGAUUUGCGCUAUGCCAAACACAAUCCGCCGGUAA